UAUCUUUCGUAUGAACUUCUUUGUUGUGAACUUCUGCCUGUGUGUCACAUGGACUCAUGGAAUGUUCGUAAGGGUUUAAAAGUUUGGUGGUUAUUCUGGUGGAACUACUAGUAGUGUAUGAAAUGCCUUUCUCCGCGACCAAGGGCUAAUAACAGUACAUAAAAAAGUGUCCCUGAUAUCGCAACAUACCUGUAGAGCAACUGUUCGGAGACACCGGCACAAACCUUAUAUUUGCAACAGUUUUAACGCAAACUUGAAGGAAAUUGGUAUAAGGAAAGACACAUGUAAACAAUUUCACAUCAAGAAUGAUUGAUCAAAAUAAAUUAAUUGAAACUUUUGUAUCUCUGGGGCUCAGUGAGCAGAAAGCAAAGGAAACAAUAAAGAAUGAAACAAUAACGCAAAACUUGAAACAAGCAGUUGAUGAAGCAGAGAAAUUGGGUGGUGUACCAGAUGAAAGUAAAAUGCUCCUUUACCAGUUAGCAAGUAAAAUUAAAAAGCAAACUGCUCACCAUAUACCCAUGAUUGUGAAUUACAUCUAUUCCAGAAAAAUUGAUUCGAAUGAGAGACUUGAUGCAGCAUUAGAGUAUUUACUGUCUCAUCUCAAAGACGAAUUAAACCUGUCUUCCUUUGAAGAAGCCUGUGGCGUUGGUGUAGUCGUAACUCCAGAAGAAAUUGAAAAUUCAGUCGAAGAAAUCAUUGCUGCUCAUAAAAAUGAAUUAUUAGAAAAGAGGUAUCAGUUCAAUUUAGGAAUUAUUAUGCAAGAGGUGAGGAAACGCUUAAAAUGGGCUGACGGAAAAGCACUUAGGAAUGAAGUGGACAUUCAGAUUUUAGAUUUAUUAGGCCCUAAAACAGAAGCUGACUUGUUAAGCCACAAUAAAUCAGAUAAGAAAGUUAAAAGUGCAAAAAAGGGAGGCAAUUUGGUGAAGAUGAAAGAAACUGAGAAGACUGCUGAUGCAAAAAAUGAAGUUGAAGGUGCUUCUAUAGGAGAUAUUAUGAAAAAAUUAAAUUUCCACAAACCUGGAGAAAAUUACAAAACAGAAGGCUAUGUCAUUACACCAAACACUUUCAACAUUCUCAAAGAUCAUCUGAAGGUUACCGGUGGACAAGUGAGGACAAGGUUUCCACCGGAGCCUAAUGGAAUUUUACAUAUUGGUCAUGCAAAAGCUAUCAACAUUAAUUUUGGUUAUGCUGCGGCACACGAGGGUGUUUGUUUCUUGCGAUAUGAUGACACAAAUCCAGAAAAGGAAGAGGAGAAAUUCUUUGUGGGCAUCAGAGAAAUGGUGAACUGGCUAGGAUACAAGCCAUUUCGGAUUACUCAUUCGUCCGAUUACUUUGAUCAGUUAUACAAGUGGGCAAUAGAACUUAUAAAAAAGGAUUUAGCCUAUGUUUGUCACCAGAGUUCAGAUGAGAUCAAAGGCAUUAACGCCCCACUUUCUCCGUGGAGAAAUCGGCCAGUUGAAGAAAGUCUUAAACUGUUUGAGGAUAUGCGUAAAGGAAAAAUAGAUGAGGGCAAAGCGACACUUAGAAUGAAAGUGACGUUGGAAGAAGGGAAACAAGACCCAGUCGCAUACAGAAUUAAGUUUUUGCCUCACCAUAGAACAGGAGACAAAUGGUGCAUAUAUCCGACAUACGACUACACUCACUGUUUAUGCGACUCUAUCGAAAACAUAACUCAUUCUUUAUGUACAAAAGAAUUUCAGAAUCGCCGUUCCUCGUAUUAUUGGCUUUGCAAUGCACUGGACAUUUACUGCCCUGUGCAGUGGGAAUACGGACGCUUGAAUCUGAAUUACACCGUAGUAUCCAAACGUAAAAUUGCAAAGCUAAUUGAGGAGGGUAUUGUAAACGAUUGGGACGAUCCACGUCUCUUUACUUUAACGGCACUGAGAAGACGAGGUUUCCCACCGGAAGCUAUAAACAAUUUUUGUGCUCAGGUAGGAGUUACAGGUGCGACAUCUGUAGUCGAUCCUCAGAUGCUCGAGGCGUGUGUCAGAGAUUCUUUAAAUACUACUGCUCCACGAGCUAUGGUAGUUAUGGAACCGUUGAAAGUGAAGAUCCUCAACUUUCCAUUUUCUGAGAGUACUCAAAUUAAAGUUCCCAAUUUCCCCAGUGAACCAGACCGAGGAAGCCAUUUUGUUCCAUUUGAUAGGGAAGUGUUUAUCGAGAGAAGCGACUACAGAGAAGAGGACGAGAAAGGAUACAGGAGACUGACAAAUUCUCAACCGGUCGGCCUGCGCCAUGCCGGUUAUGUUAUUUCUGUGGUGAGGGCCAUUAAAAAUAGUGACGGCACUGUAACUGAAUUGGAAGUACAGUGUCAACCUUCGACAGAAUUUAAACCGAAGGCAUUUAUUCAUUGGGUGUCGCAUCAUAUUCCUGUGCAGGUUCGCUUGUAUGACAUGCUGUUUAAACAUAAAAAUCCAGAAGACGCCAAUGAGGUGCCAGGAGGGUUCCUGUCGGACUGUAACAAAGAUUCGCUGAAGAUAUUGAAUGCGUAUGCAGAUGUUUCUGUGUCAAAAGCUAGAGUUUUUGACAAAUUCCAGUUUGAGAGAUUGGGUUUCUUUUCUGUUGACCCAGAUACAAAAGAUGGUUCUUUAGUUUUUAAUAGGACUGUUAGUUUAAAGGAGGAUGCUAAUAAAUCAUAGAUACCAUUCAUCUAAAUUCAAUAGUCUUGAUGUGUUUGCAGAGUCAGUUGAAGAAGAAAUAGUGAGUAUACCGUACAGAGUGAGAGGUCCUUCGGGUGGAAGCAUUAUGACAGAUACGCGGAAUGCGCGAGUGCUAAGAGUGUUUACCUUUGAGUGGAGCCCCUGUCAAGCAUAAUUGGUGUGUCCAGCAUCAUGUGCCAUACUUACACAUUUUGCAGCAAAGUGGACUCAUUGUGACUGUAUUUUUGUGAAUGUACACUGGAGAGGUUAGGGGCGUGGCCUGUUUGAGGAGAAGUAUAGCUCCAUAGAAGAGUCGUGGAAUGAAAAGCCACCAUAACAGAAUUGUUAGAUGAAUGAAUACAAAACCGGAAACUUCCUGUAAUCUGAAAUGAUUUCAGAAAAAGAGGAGAUAAGUUUCUUUGUUCUUUGGCUGCCUUUUGAGGGCUUCACAGUGGGUGUUGUGAAUUCCUUCAAAGAUGGGAGCUGGAGAAAAGAUAGCCAAUUGUGGUGAAUGAAAUUGAUCAGCAAACCCUUGACGUGUGAUCCAUAUUGAUCCUGGUCUGUUGUUAUCAUCUUUCCAUAUCUCAAGGUCUUUAGAGCAUUCACCCUUACCUUAUUUUCUGUGGUCUUCUGUAUUAAUUACAGUUGCAUAUUUUAACUGACCUACCAGUUCCACUACAUUUCCUUUCGGUUCCACGCCACUUCUCCAGAGUUCGUAAAUCGCCUCCCCUCACCUCAAACAGGCCGCAGCCAAAACCCCUCCAGCAGGCAUGUUGAGUCCACUACAGUAUAACAUCGGCGGUACGGCACACAAUGCUGGACACAACAGUUAUGCUUGUUAGACGCUCCCAAAGCUCCGCCCAAGAGCACUGAAAAUGAAUUCUUACAUGAUUUGUAAUAAGACUAACAUCGACAUAGCAGCUACUGAUGAUGAUGGGGUGAUGACGAGACGACGACGACGACUCACUCACUCACUCACUCACUCACUCACUCACUCACUCACUCACAAGUGUGUUCAAAUUCGUACCUUGUAAAAAUAUGAAAAUAUUUAUUUGGAUUGCCUCGUGGCAGAAACUGCUUGAGAAAUUAAGCACCAGUGAUUGGGUGUGUCAUCUGUUGAUCCUAUAUGAAAGUGGAUUUUUAUGCAAAAGCACCUUCUCGUCUGUUAAAUAGAAACAGUUGUUAUUUAGAACAGUUAUUACAUAAAAUAAACAAUUUCUUGUAUGGUUUUUUGUGAACAGUCAAAAUGUUUUUAUAAAAACUAAAAUUCCAUUAUUCUUGAAAUUAACUGGAUAGUUAUGGAUGCCGUAACUUUUGUAGGUGUGCCACUUAUGAAUUAAUAAUAUAAACUUGACAUGCAUUCAAUUUUAUACUUUGCUUUUGGCAAAUUUUAUCAAUCAUCUCUCUCUCUCUCUCUCUCUCUCUCUCUCUCUCUCUCUCUCUCUCUCUCUCUCUCUCUCUCUCUCUCUCUGUGUGUGUGUGUGUGUGUGUGUGUGUGUGUGUGUGUGUGGUUUUUUUUUCCCCGGGUUUCGUCCUAGCCCCAUGGUUCGCAGAAAACCAUGAUCAUUAUUUAUAAUGCACUAGAAGUGUGAUGUAAUUUAUUUGUAAUUGUUGUCUAAUUAACAUACUGAAAUAUUAUAUUUUUUAAUAUGUGAAAUUAAAAUAUUGUAAAAGAAAA